UGCCGGGCCACGCUGGAGGGCGGCAGCUGCGGCCCGGGAGGAGGAGGAGGGGGAGGGCCCUGAAGCCACACCCAUCAGCGAGCCGAUUCGGGAGCAGCGAGUUGUCGGCCGCUGCUCUCCAGCCUCCGCCCGCACCGAGCAGCGGGACCCGGGCUGCACCAGGGAGGGGCCGCUCCGGGCCGCAGCGCGAGGGCAGCGAGGGGCGGCGGGGACCCGGCACCGGGUGGGGCCGGCGGCAGCGACCAUGAUCGCUUUGUUCAACAAGCUGCUGGACUGGUUCAAGGCCCUGUUCUGGAAGGAGGAGAUGGAGCUCACGCUGGUCGGGCUGCAGUACUCGGGCAAGACCACCUUCGUCAAUGUGAUCGCGACCUGCUGUGCCUGGGCUAGACACCGGGGGUCCAGGGAGGAUGGCACCACAGAGGGAGUCUGGAGUCUCCGCCUGACUCAGAAGUUGGAGGAGGAGUCAGGACAGUUCAAUGAGGACAUGAUCCCCACUGUGGGUUUCAACAUGCGCAAAAUCACCAAAGGGAAUGUAACCAUCAAGCUCUGGGACAUUGGAGGACAGCCUCGUUUCCGCAGCAUGUGGGAGCGCUACUGCCGAGGAGUGAGUGCCAUCGUGUACAUGGUGGAUGCUGCUGACCAGGAGAAGAUUGAAGCCUCCAAGAAUGAGCUCCACAAUCUACUGGAUAAACCUCAGCUGCAGGGCAUCCCGGUCUUGGUCCUGGGUAAUAAGCGGGACCUACCAGGAGCACUGGAUGAGAAGGAGCUGAUUGAGAAAAUGAAUCUGUCUGCCAUCCAGGACCGAGAGAUCUGCUGCUACUCCAUCUCCUGCAAAGAAAAGGACAACAUUGACAUCACCCUACAGUGGCUUAUUCAACACUCAAAGUCACGGAGAAGCUGAGACUGUGGCCCUUCUCCCUUGGACCAGGGACCGUCGUUUAAACCCGAAGCCAAGCUCCCCGCCCAUCCCUGCCACCCCCCCUCCAAGCCCACCCCUUCUCACUCAGUAGUGGGGUGAGGCCCUCUGGGAUCCCAGAGUCCUAUUCUGCUGAGGUUUGAACUCCUGUUUUUAUUGUAAAAUAAAUCGCCCCCAUUCUGGUUCCCUAACUUCUUACUCUCCCCUCUGCCUCAGUCCCUUCUCCCAGCUGUGCUUUCCUCCUCCCCUUCUAACACCCUGGCCCACAGCCCUGCCUUCCUUACCCACCCAUCCGCUCCUCUGCUUCCCUUUCAACUCUCUGUUAUUGUCCUGUGUGUACAGUAUAUAUAUGUAUAUAUAUUUUAAUUUUUUAAUUUAAGCAAAGACUAAAAUCAACCAUUUGAUGCUGCAGGGGCCAUUCAGGAUCUGGGAGGGGGGCAGUCUGGAGAGAAAGAAAGAGAUGCCCACUUGGCUUGGGGCAAGUUCAGAUCAAGAAAGGUGGAGGCUGGCACCUGGGGCAGGUACCAGCCUGGGCACUGGUGAUUGCCCCUGUCCUGCUGUGUCCUCACCUCCUAACCAGGUGUGUCCCAGCCAUGCCUGAAGGCCGCAGGCUAGAGGGAGCUUCUGGAGGUGCCCCCCACCCCCACUCCUAGCCUUGGUAGGGCCACCAGGCAUAACCAGGUGCCAGAGACCACCAGGCCUGGGGGGCAGGAAGCCAGCAUCCAUACCACCCCAGCACCCCCCCGCCUGUUCUUGGCUCCCAGCUCUGGCCCCUCCCCAGGGCCCCCACCUCCAUGGCCCACCUCAUUUUCUGUUCUCAUUUUGCAGAAUUGCACAAGGAGAGAACUCAGCAUGGGGGGUUGGUUCUUUGGGUUUUGUUUGUUUAUUUGUUUUAUUUAAUGAUUUGUAAAGUGAUGUUCCUCUUCCUUUUUUUACACUUUUCAGCUCAUAUUUAACCUCUGUUUGGAAAAUGAUUCUUGUAACUGUACAUUUUUUUGCCUCCUAAUAACAACAAAAAUAAAUGACCAAUUUUGUGUUGGG